GACACGAAUAUAAGCACGUUUCUAGUGGGAAAGUGCACGCGCAUGAGACUUUCACAAACCUAAACUUGUUUUUUAAUCAACACUUUUUUUUUUAUAAAAGUUGUUGUUGUUGUUGUUCUAUGUCAGAUUACGUGCCAUGUAUAGAAUACAAUUAAUUUUGCGUGGUUCAGCUAAUUUUCCUAGUUUAUACGUGUAGGUUGAUAUUAUAAACUCAGGGUUGCUAAGCAACUGGACUUUUGCUGUAAGUAUAAAACGAGUUAAUUAAAUCUGUAUAAUUGACUUUUCUCUAUGUUUUUGUUUUUUCUGUUCAUAUCCAACAGGUUAUAAGUUAAGCAUGGGGAGUCUCUGUGCUGAUGAUCAGAUGGACGAGGUCCACUGUUUAUGGGCACUGUGUCCACAUCCAUGCUGCUGGGAGGCUGAGCAGCGCAUCGCUAAAGGCAUUUACCGCCAUGCAGUCCGAGUGCCUGCUCCUAAACACGGCACUAAUCCUGAAGAAACGUUGCCGUCUCUGACGCUGGUGGAUGUUUCGGAUUGGACAGGAACUAAGACUGUGAGUCCGAGCAGAACGUCUCUGACCGCCAGAAUUCCUCCUCCACGUAGAGACGCAGCACCGAGGCUGAAGACGACAAAUCCAUCUUUCCCAGCGAUUACCUUAGCAGCAGCUAAAUCCCACGCCAGAGGAAGCAGCACCAGAGACAUGGGUGUAAGUGAUAACACAGCUCACAUCAGCCCUCUGAUUGGCUCACCAUGGGGAUCAGGAUCAUUAGUGCUGUGGGUCCCGAAUCCUCACUACGUCCCUCAGUGUCUUAAGAGCUCAAAACCUCCACAAUGUGCUGUGAAGGAGUUAAUCUGCCUCCCGGCUUCUCAGACACUGAGCACAUCUAAAGUGAACCGUAAAAGAAGUACGAAGUCAGUGCGGUUCCAUCUCACCUGUUCACCCCUGACCUUUCACGCCAGUCGGCAGACAGAGGCGGUGUCACCUGAUGAGCAGGAGGCAGGUACAAGAGACAGCCUGCAGGCAUCAGCAGUUGUGGAUGAUCCUGAACACCUGAGACACCUGAGUGCGUUCCUGGUGAAGAACAAACCCGCUGUUUUUCACAGUGCGAGAGAGAGGAGGGUCAGGAGAGAGUGCCGGGACGCACCAGCUUCACUUUACAAACUGGACACCAAGACAGGUGAGGAGGAUGUAGACUGGGACAGACUGAGGAGACAGUCGUACCUCUGGAAGAGGCAUAACGUCCACCCUGAAGAUGUCAGUCCACCAGGGGGCGCCAGAGGAACUGAGGGUACUGUAGGCUCAUCUCCUGUUUCAAAACCGAGCACGGAUCGAACGCUUCACAGCCCACAGUGUGCAGCUCCUGCAGCAUGGCCGUGUGUGAAGAAGACGCUGUGUUCUGGCCGAUACACUCAUCCACUGCUCUCUCACAAGAGGCACCCACCACGAACCGGGUCAGAACUGGACAUGACCAUCUGCAGCACUUCUGCUGUAACUGAACACAAUCAGCUACACCGAAGAUCUCUAAUCCCUGUCCUGACACCAGCCGAGAUCUGAGAAUCAUCUCUGGAGCGAUGGAGCCCUGGGGAAGGAGAAGCUCUACAAUACAACUCUGUACAUCCACACCAAGCCUCAGCUAGCUGUAACACACACACACACACACACACACACACACACACACACACACACACACACACACAGAUACACAAACGUCAGUGUCAGUCUCUCUCUAUAUAUAUAUUAGCGUGUUAUGAGCAGAGUGAUGAAUCAUUUACAAGCUCAUAAACUACUUCACUGUGACAGAUGUGUAAUGAUGUUAAAUCCUUUCCUAAUGUCUAGGUCUUUUCUCCAUCACACAGUGGACAGAGUUUCACGUUCACCGAAGUUUCUUUGCUCUUAGAAAUGCAUUACUAAACACUUUUCACAAUUUUCCAUUUACCUCAAAUGUGUGGAGUUGCAGAGCUAAUUUUGUGAAUCCUGUGAAGAAAAAAAAAACACCCAGAGGUGAAAACUAUGUGUGUGGAAAAAUCAGAUGUGGAAAUAAAUGACUCAUGAAAAAAAAAAA